AUAGAAGAAAGUACUCAUUGAAUUUCUAUCUUCUCUGACCGUGUUUUCUACAGUUAAAGUAGCCAUAAGAGCACCAGAGCACCAGUACAGUUAAAGUAAACUCUGGUUUCCCUUCAACACACGAAUAAAUCUUUCGCCUUUACAGUUGAGGGUUAGGUUAGGUUAGGAUCGCAUUAUUCGUUGAUACUUGAUACAGACAUUAUUGGGAUUGUUUGAAAUUCUUUGCUCUAACAUUUGCGGUACACAACUGUCUGCAAAAUGUCAGACGCCGAGGAUGAUUUUAUGUGCGAAGAGGAAGAAGAUUACGGAUUGGAAUAUUCUGAAGAUUCUAACUCAGAACCAGAUGUGGAUUUAGAAAAUCAAUAUUACAAUAGCAAAGCUCUUAAGGAAGAUGACCCAAAAGCAGCUCUACAAAGUUUUCAGAAAGUAUUGGAUCUGGAAGGUGGUGAAAAAGGAGAAUGGGGUUUUAAAGCUUUGAAACAGAUGAUCAAAAUUAAUUUUAAACUGUCCAAUUAUAAGGAAAUGAUGGCAAGGUAUAAACAGUUAUUAACUUAUAUUAAAAGUGCAGUUACCAGAAAUCACUCAGAAAAGUCUAUAAAUUCUAUAUUGGAUUAUAUCAGUACCUCAAAGAAUAUGGAAUUACUGCAAGAUUUCUAUGAAACCACCUUAGACGCAUUAAAAGAUGCAAAGAAUGACAGGUUAUGGUUCAAAACAAACACAAAACUGGGAAAACUGUAUUACGAUCGUUCAGACUUCAAUAAAUUGGCAAAAAUCUUAAAACAACUUCAUCAAAGCUGUCAAACUGAUGACGGAGAAGAUGAUCUGAAGAAAGGGACGCAGUUAUUGGAGAUUUAUGCCUUAGAAAUACAAAUGUAUACUGCACAAAAAAAUAAUAAGAAAUUAAAAACACUUUAUGAACAAAGCCUUCACAUUAAAAGUGCUAUACCACAUCCACUUAUCAUGGGUGUCAUCAGAGAAUGCGGUGGUAAGAUGCAUCUGAGAGAAGGUGAAUUUGAAAGAGCUCACACUGACUUCUUUGAAGCCUUUAAAAACUAUGACGAGUCUGGGUCACCACGACGCACAACGUGUUUGAAGUACUUAGUUUUGGCUAAUAUGUUAAUGAAAUCUGGUAUUAAUCCAUUUGAUUCGCAAGAAGCAAAGCCAUACAAGAACGAUCCUGAAAUUUUAGCUAUGACAAAUCUAGUUGUCAGUUAUCAAAAUAAUGACAUCAAUCAAUUCGAAUUAAUUUUAAAACAAAAUAGAAACAACAUAAUGGAUGAUCCGUUUAUUAGAGAACACAUCGAGGACUUGUUACGGAACAUACGUACUCAGGUUUUAAUUAAGUUAAUCCGACCUUAUACCCGAAUCUAUAUCCCUUUCAUAAGUAAAGAAUUGAACAUUGACGUUUCGGAAGUGGAAAGUCUUUUGGUAUCUUGUAUUUUGGAUAAUACUAUUCACGGUCGUAUAGAUCAG